AAUCCUUGCAACCCAACACAAAUCCUCAAGCUUUUCACUCCAAUUUCAUGUGGAAUCUGUUGUUCUCUCUCAUGGCUUCAAUGGCUUCAAGAAGGGGCGGAAGCAAAAGGAAACAGAUUGGGAGUUCUAGUGCUGGUGGCCAAGCCCAGGAAGAAGGAAAAGAGGGGAUCAAACAAUGGGACAACAAAGUGAUGAAGAAGAAGGUGAUGCAGAUCAAGAAAUGGCAAAACAAAGGGAAGAAGAACAUGAAGGUGAUAGCCCAUGACCAUUUCAAGCAAGGGGCUAUAAAUAUGGUUGGUAAUAGAUUUGAAGAAGUGUAGAGAGCAUUGUAUUGAAUAUCUUUACCUAUCAACUUGUGCUUUAUCUUGAGAUUUUGAUCUUUGAGAGAUCUUUAUUUGUAAUCCUCUUCUUGUUCUAUUUGUGAGUAAUCUUGGGGGUGUGAUUAUUCCUUCAAGAGUGAUUUGUAGAAAGAAUUGUUUGGGUUUAUCUUGUAAAGGGUGGGAUUGAGAUAGUUGCUUCAAGUUAUUUGAAGCUGAAAAAGUGUUUAAUUUGUUGUAUCUUCAUAAUUGCUUUUUUGGCCAUUAAAUUUGCAGGGUAAUUGGUCAUAGUCUGCUUUUGUAAUAGGUGAUGAGCAAGUGUAAUAUGAUGUGGUGUGGAUUGCUUUUGUAAUUAUAUGACUACUUGUUGUAAAUAUGACUCCUGUUGUAAUUGAUUAGCUUAUGAAUGAAAUAUGACUUUUAUG